GGAGGUGAGUUUUGGUGGGUGGCAAAGCAAGCGUUUCCUGUCGCCAGUCCAGUCUUCCUUCCCUUUUUCUGCGAGCGACGACAAGCUCUUCUCUACUCUCCUCGCUCACUUCUCUUCUUUUCCUUCGUCCCAUCCUCUGUGCCUCUGCUUGCACCUACAUUUCCUCUCAGCUUUCAGCGGUAGUUCUGCAGCUUUUCUCCCAAGACCACCUUUUCCCCUUGCUGCUUGGUUCCCCAUCCGCUUAGCCGUCGGAAAAACCCCAUCUUGGUUCUUUUUAGAAGAACUGAGAAAGGUUGGCUUUUUUUUGUUCUCUUUCAGCGCGCCACCCGCCCCGCCCCCCCCCCCCGUUUGGGUUUUUGGAGCUUUUGGGGGUUCGUAGAUAUGGCAGAAAUCAAGCCUGAGGAGAUCACGCAUUUGCCCAUGGAUCAGCUACAGGGAUUUGAGUACUGCAUUGACUCCAAUCCAUCUUGGGGAGAGGCUAUUGUCUUGGGAUUUCAGCAUUACAUAUUGGCCUUGGGCACGGCCGUGAUGAUCCCGACUCUGUUGGUACCAUUGAUGGGCGGAAGUGAUGAUGACAAGGUCAGGGUGGUUCAGACGUUGCUAUUUGUGACUGGAGUAAAUACUUUGCUUCAGACUCUAUUUGGGACUCGUCUUCCGACUGUUGUUGGUGGUUCAUAUGCAUUUGUGGUUCCCAUCAUAUCCAUAAUUCAUGACUCAUCCCUGACACGAAUAGUCGAUGACCAUGAAAGAUUCCUCCAAACCAUGAGAGCUAUACAAGGGGCUUUAAUUGUCUCUUCCAGCAUUCAGAUUAUUCUUGGUUACAGCCAGUUGUGGGGUAUAUUCUCCAGAUUUUUCAGCCCUCUGGGAAUGGUUCCAGUGGUUUCACUGGUAGGAUUCGGCUUAUUUGACAAAGGAUUCCCUGUGGUUGGGAGAUGCGUAGAGAUUGGCGUUCCAAUGCUCAUCCUAUUCAUUGCUUCCUCCCAGUAUCUAAAGCAUCUACAUGUUAGACGGUUGCCCGUAUUAGAGAGGUUCUCUCUCCUGAUAACCAUUACCAUCAUAUGGGUUUAUGCCCACUUGCUUACGGUUGGGGGUGCAUACAAAUACCGGCCUGAGCGCACCCAAUUCAACUGCCGUACUGACCGUGCCAACCUCAUCUCCUCUGCUCCCUGGAUAAAGAUUCCAUACCCUUUGCAAUGGGGUGCACCAACUUUUGAUGCUGGCCAUUCUUUCGGGAUGAUGGCUGCUGUCUUUGUAUCCUUGAUUGAGUCGACAGGGACUUAUAAAGCUGCAGCCCGCCUAGCUAGUGCAACACCACCUCCAGCUCAUGUUCUGAGCCGAGGCAUUGGAUGGCAGGGAAUAGGAAUUCUACUUGAUGGGCUAUUUGGCACUGUAACUGGAUCAACUGUGUCUGUGGAGAAUGUCGGGCUUCUUGGAUCAACUAGAGUUGGGAGUCGUAGAGUCAUCCAGAUCUCAGCUGGGUUCAUGAUAUUCUUCUCCAUCUUGGGGAAAUUUGGAGCAUUGUUUGCCUCCAUUCCAUUCACCAUCUUUGCUGCUGUUUACUGUGUUCUAUUUGGAGUUGUGGCUGCGGUGGGGCUCUCCUUGUUGCAGUUCACCAACAUGAACUCCAUGCGCAACCUCUUCAUCGUUGGCGUCUCCAUCUUCCUCGGCCUAUCGGUUCCUGAGUACUUCUUCCGCUACACCAUGAGUGCUCAGCAUGGUCCAGCCCACACCAAGGCAUCAUGGUUCAAUGACUACAUGAACACAAUCUUCUCCUCUCCACCUACUGUGGCACUGAUAGUUGCAGUUUUCCUGGACAACACACUCGACUUCAAGGACACUGGCAAGGACCGAGGCAUGCCAUGGUGGGCCAGGUUCCGGACGUUCAACGGAGACAGCCGGAGUGAGGAGUUCUACACUCUCCCCUUCAACCUUGACCGCUUCUUCCCUCCAUCAUGACUUGCUGAUGGAAAGCGAAGAGAAGACUCGGAUCGUGGAGCAGAGGAGAGUAGACACGGUGUAGGCUUUAGCCAAAUUGUAGGCCAAUUGCUUGGACUUGUUGCUCAUUUCAUGUAUAUUCUUGAAUCUGUUAAGCAAUAAAACAAGCUUUUAUAUUU